UUGAAUGUGUUACUUUUCGGCGAGACUGGAGUUGGGAAAAGUGCCAUUAUCAACUUGAUUAUGGGACGCGACGUUGCACAGACGUCGCCAGAUGGAGCAACCUGCACACUGCAGCAUACCUCCCACGAAGUCAGUCUUGGAGAUUGCCGAUUCAAACUUUGGGAAGUUUCCUCACUCGGAUCGAUGGGUUUUUUCCGGACCCUUUUUGCAAAAUGGCGCCUGAAAAAAUCUUACAAGAAACUGUACAGAGAUGACGGAGUCUACCUUCUUCUAUAUUGCAUGAGGGGAUCGAGGGCUCAGAGAGCACUGAUCAGGGAUUAUAAAUUUUUCACUGACAUUGUUAGCUCCACAUCCACUGCGGCAGGCGGCGUACCAGUCGCUGCUGUUGUCACCUCUUUGGAAGAUUACCCUACGGACAUGGAUAGGUGGUGGGUGAAGAACAAGGAUAACCUGGAAAGUCUUGGGAUGCGGUUUUCCGCACAUGCUUGCAUCACUUCGCUCCCCAACGACCCACAUGCAUCAUCCGCUGUGCGUGCACGUCGACAUCGAUCAGAGCAAGCCAUCCGCAGUCUCAUUCAUGACUCGUAUCAAGCAGGUACCGAAACGCCUCGCAGUUCCAGUCCCGCCCCAACUUCAUGA